AUGCUUCUACACGCCGACCCGGGCCUCGCCGAGGUUCCAGGCUUUGACAAGGAGCAAUUGGACAGCCUGGCCCGCAGCGUCGAGCUGAGGCGGCAGCAGCUCGAGCAGGACAUCCGCGCCUACAUCCAGCGCAAGCAGGACGAGCUGCGCAGCUAUGAGCAUCAGCUGCUAGAUUCCUACCGCGCAAACGACGCCGGUGCGAAAAGCGAGCCGGCGUGUGCUGCAGCGAGCUCCGAGACGGACGGCCGCGCGAAGAAGACCAAGCACACGCGCGUCCACAAGCGCGAGCGCGAGCUCUUCACCUUCCUGCCGCUGCUCGACGCCCUCGCCACGUCGCCGCCCACGCCCAAGCGCGAGAAGAAGCCCAAGCAGGAACGGCCCGAAGGCGCACCGCCCACGUCGACUGCCGCCGCGAGAGAUGCUGAGACGAGCACCGCGCACACCACCACGACGGACAUGUCGAGCCCCACGGCGGGCACCGAGCACGCCCGCAAAGCUCGCCGCGCCCCGACCAAGAAGUCGGCACUGCGCACCACAAACACGCCGCGCCCGCGCAGGAAGAGAGUCAGCCUGGCCAUCGACGACCAGAUCGUCCUGCCCGCCGACACCAUCGUCGAGCCGCCGCUCACCAGCCCCAGCGAGACGACAUCCACCUCCAACUCGACCGCCUCGCUCGACGACUGCAUAGACCCGCGCCUGACCCACACCGAGGUCCUGCCUGCCACCGCCCCCGCCGCCGCCCCCCGCGACGCAGUCCACCAUAGCCUGCCCCUCACCAUGACGCACCACAGCGGCUCGCCCACCAAGCCCCUCACCACCCUCCCCUCGGCCCCCAUGUCCCUCGACUCAGACCCGCCCCCGCUGCUCCAGCCGCGCGCCCCCUACGACUUCACGCCCGCGCGCGUCGAAAAACUGCCCCAAGACGACGCGCCCAGCAUCCCCGAGGAACAUGAACAGGAACUAGAAGACGUCGAGGAGGAUGACCAUGACGGUGAAGAAAGCUUCACCACGUACGUCGGCGGCAUCUCGGGCUCCGGCCAUUCAGACGUCAACCAGGCCGGCAGCUACGGAUACCCCAGCAGCCUCGGCGCGAGCUACCUCGAGAGCUACAUGAUGAGCCGUCCGCUGAGCGUGAGGAUGGCAGCGGCUGAGAAGGCGGAGCUCGGCAGGGAGGAGAAGCGCGUCAUGCUUGAGCGGAAAGAGGAGGAGGAGGAGUUUGAUAUGGAGCGCGUGGCGAGAGCUGGGGCUGAGGCUGGGAUAGCGGAUGAAGACGAUUUUAUGGGGAGUAUGGAUGACUUUUGA